GACCACUGCUGCAGCCUACCUUUCCUCUCCAGUAUCUCGCACGCACGCGUAGAGUAAAGACGUGUGUCGGCCACCACUCCGCCGCCCUUACUUGCCGUCCUUCUGCCGCCGUGAGCCGUGACCACAGAGUGAAAGUGACGACUAUCACUACAUCGAUCUAGUCUGCAGCACCUCGAGGGACGCAGCACCAGCGAUGUCGGCGACUUUCAACGCUUUGGUCAUCCUUGCGGCGGUGGCGACGCUGUCCUCCGCCCAGUUCGCCUCGCAGCUCCGGAAAUGCCGCGUGGACAACAAGGAAAGGCUCAACACUUGCCUCAACCAGACACUCAAUGACCUUCGACCUUAUCUCUCCACGGGCAUUCAGGAGCUGUCCCUCCCGCCGCUAGAGCCAAUGAGAAUAAAGACCAUUGAGUUUCGGCAGCAGCAGGGCGCCGUCAUCAUGCAAGCCACCUUCAAUGACGUGACGGUGACGGGCAUCUCAAACUUCACCGCUACCUUCAUUAACGCCGACCCAGUGCUGCGCGAGCUGACAGUGGCUCUCUACAUCCCGGAGAUGGCGAUCACUGGGUUCUACGUUCUUGACGGGCGGAUCUUCCUCUUCCCGGCGAAAGGAUCCGGAGAGUUUUGGGCUAACUUCAGAGGCGUGGACGCGACGGGGACAAGCGUGAUGAGCGUUGAGACACAAGCGGACGGCAGUGAGAGGCUUCGAAUCUCCAACACAAAUAUAGACUUCACCAUUGAGCAGCUCAGAAUGCACCUUACCGAUCUCUUUAACGGGGAUGAACUUCUCGGUCGUGCUGCAAACCUCUUCAUCAACGACAACGGGCGUGAAAUUCUACAGGAAGUGAAGCCUCAGGUGGUGGCGCGACUGAAUGACAUGGUAGGGAAAGUGAUGAAUGAUGCCCUUUCCCAGCUCCCCGUCAGCGCCUUCCUCCUGCCAAACUAAACUCCCUGACGUGUCCUAACCUCACCUCGCCUCCCACCCCUUCCUGAACCAGUAGCGAGUAGUUUUAACACUUCCUAGCAACUUUUUACCCUCUUCACAGUACCUCAGCGGGCUUCAAGUGUCUCAGAACAGCGGUGUUAGAUUCUACUGAUGUGUCCGUUCCGUCUCUCCCGUUUUCUUUCUCCUUUCGUUCUUCACUAGUGUUCCGUGUUAAUGUGAGAGAAAAUGGAUUAUUCAUAGUUUUGGGUUGUCUGCCUUUCCUCUUCUUCUUCUUCUUCUUCUUCUUCUUCUUCUUCUUCUUCUUCUUCUUCUUCUUCUUCUUCUUCUUCUUCUUCUUCUUCUUCUUCUUCUUCUUUUUGGUUGUUUUGGUGCUUAAGUGGAAAGAAAGCCCAGUUAUUCUUAUUUAUUUGUUAUUCUGUCCUCUUCUUCUUCUUCCUCUUCCUCUUCCUUCCUCUCCUUCUCUGCUUCCUCUUCCUCCUCCUCUUUUUCUUUUUUCAUGGUCGUCUUCCUGUUACUAAAAAUGAAAAUCAAGUAUUCUUAUCCAUGAAUUAUUCUGUCUUCCUCCUCCUUUUCCUCCUCCUCUUCCUCCUCCUCUUCCUCUUCCUCUUUCUUUCCUUCUUUCCUUCUUCUUUUAGUUGUCUUGCUUUUAAACUAAGAAAGAAAAUCAAUUAUUCAUAUCUAUAAUUUAUUCUGUCCUCCUCCUUCUCCUCUCCUCCUCUUCCUCCAUCUCCUCCUCUUCUUCCUCCAUUCCCUACCGACACCUACCUCUUCCUCCUUCAUUUCCAGGUCCUCCUCCUCCUCCUCCUCCUCCUCUUCCUUCUUUCCCUAACUCCUUCUUCUUUUCCAGUUCCUCCUCCUCCUCUUUCUCCUCUCUCUGGCGACAAAUUAAAAGACACCUACCUCCCCUUCCUCCUUUUCCAGCUCCUCAUCCUCCUCCUUCUCCUCCUCCUCUCCCAGGCAACACCCACCUUACAGUAUUCGCGUUAUGUUCUUA